GUUCCCUCUGUUGUAAUAUUUUGGAUACAAGCAGUGGCCCACUGAGUGGAAGUGGAUUGAGAGAAGAAAAGCCGCGUUCUUCACAAGAGCAAUGAUGGAGGAACAGCGGCAUGUGAACAGCACGGACAGUGAGGGAGAGAGCGUCUCCCCGGCUCCCAGUCUGCUCUCGCCGCCCAUUCUGCCCCUACAGGUCGCUCAGCAGGCACACAGGACCACCAACUUCUUCAUCGAUAACAUUCUGCGACCGGACUUCGGCUGCAAGAAGGAGCACGGUUUGGGCUCACGGGAGCGGCCGCACAGCUCUAGUCGGGAGCGCGUCCACUCGGUGGUUAGCAGGCCGGGCCUUCCCGGGACGCCGUGCCAGGACUCCAACUGCAGCAGUGACAGCACUGCGUCCUCUACCACUUUGGCCAAUCCCAAAAAGAGCAGCGUCGACGGAGCCGCAGCCGCCGUUUCCACCGGGAGCAGCGAGGUGAAAGCCGAGGAGAGGACUGACAGCGGGGCAGGGGAGAACACCUCCUCUUCGCUUGUGAUGCUGAAUGGCACCGCAGCUCCAGCAGCGGACAGCCAGCCGCUGCUGUGGCCUGCCUGGGUUUAUUGCACCCGGUACUCAGACAGGCCCUCAUCUGGCCCAAGGACACGGAAACUGAAAAAGUCGAAAAGCGGCAAAGAGGACAAGCGGCCUCGCACGGCCUUCACGGCCGAGCAGCUGCAGAGACUGAAGACGGAAUUUCAGGUGAACCGUUACAUCACGGAGCAGCGGCGCCAGUCCCUGGCCCAAGAGCUCAACCUCAAUGAAUCCCAGAUUAAAAUCUGGUUUCAGAACAAGCGGGCCAAGAUCAAAAAGGCCAGCGGCUUCAAGAACGGCCUGGCGCUACAGCUGAUGGCGCAAGGACUGUAUAACCAUUCUACCACCACCAUCCAGGACGACAAGGAGGACAGCGACUGACUGAGCUCACUACCCGCUGACUACUGACUGUUUCAUUCAGACACUCUGUACACUGUAAAUACAGAUAAUGAAGACAGUGAGUGGAAUCUAGGCGUUUCAUGCUAUUCAUCUCUCCUUGUUCUCCUAUGCGGACGCGACCGAACAAUAAGUACAGACUCCGGGUGAUCUACCGCCGCAAAACCAAAGAUUUGAUUGGAAAUCAGAGCCUGGACACUUUCACUGACAAUGUCAAUGACAAUGACAAAGGCAACAUUUCCCCCGUGAAUAAUGUUGGCCAGGUUAACUGCACCUCACUGCAGCUCGUGUUUGCUUUGUUUGUGGACGACAACUACUGUAGCUGCUGCUGCUGCCGCCGCCGCCGCUGCCACCCCAUCAUCACCAGACAUGGCUGUUUUAAUAACAGGUUUCAAGGAGCAACAGAGUUCUAAGAACUGUAAUAAUUAUAUGGUCAGUUUGACACAGUUACUACUACACGGUUAAAUCCUUAAAGGAAACAACAGUUAAAUAGAUGACUAUGACUGUAAAAUGCCUUCAGGAAUAUCAUAGAGAUACCGUCCGUUUAGUCAAGGCCCAUUCUUCUUCUUCUUCUUCUUCUUCUUCUCCUUCUUCUUCUUCUUCUUCUUCUUCUUAUCAUUAUUAUUGUUGUUAUUAUAAUAAAUUUUGUUUGUAUUUAUUUUGCGGGAGGGGGUUUGCAAAUUCGCGAUUGAAGAGAAAUGUCCAAACAUGACAAUAGUUCAGUUUAAAAUCAGAAAUAUUGCCGUUUUAAAACCUAUAAAGAAAGAAUGAUAGAUUGGAAGAAAUAAGGAAAGAAAUAAAGAUAGAUAGAUAGAAAUUUGAAUUCAUUUGACAAAUUCAGAUAAAUACAUGUUAUAGUAAAUAAAAUACAUUAAGUAUGUGGGAAAAGAAUAUAGCGAUAGGGUAGUUGAAUGACUAUGGUAUGAAAUGACUAUGACUAUGGAUGAUGGUAGUGGAAUUGUUCUUUGAUUUAGGCCUCUUUAUCAAUUAUCAAUUAAUUUAGACUAAAUUAAUUUACUGCACAUUGUUAGGUAUUCUUCGCAUUCUUUCUGUCAUAUUUAUAGACAUUUCCAAUUUCUGCCACACAAAAAUGAUGAUUUGAUUUUAAAGUCAUCCUCUGUUUAAGUCUAUAUGACAUCUUCCCAGUAAUGCUGAAUGUUUUUCUUCUGUUUUCAUUCGUUUACGUUCUUCCAUGGACUUUGAAAGGGUCACUUUCCCUGCUGCCUUGAUUUGGUUUAUUUAUGCAGGUGAAACUGCAGACAGACGUCAAAUAGCAUCAGACAAUGUGAGCAACAGACAGAGCGGAUGGUAUACAUAAUGUACAUUUAAACCAUGUUGCCAAAUAAACACUUUUAUAUCGGGAAAAACGAAAAGAAUCCUCAGGAAGCACUUUGACCAUUUUUCUUACAGAGGGCGACACCUGUCCUGAUAUCCAAUUACUAAAUGGAGUUAUUGUGUGUACGUGCAGAGGGACAUAUGAAUCUAUAUUCGUAGGGUCUUUAGAAAGCAGUUGGAUUUACGCUGUGAUAUCAGCGCUAUUCAAAGCGUUGCAGAGCAUGAAAUUGCUCCGUCUCUCUGUGCUCACUCGUCUCAUCAGACAGCUCUUUGCAGGCUGUAAACAGAAGAGCUGGGGCUUCUGGAGAGGGAAACUGCAUUGGUGAAUGCAAAGCUCAGUAAGGUCAAGGCCACGUCCGCGGCCUGCAGAUUCAACCUUAAAUUUCCUUAGAAUAUAAAAUAUAGUAAGGUGUCUAAAACAAGGCCUUAAGAAUAAAAUAUGUAUUUGUUUAUUCCAGGCAGAAGUUGUGGUCUUAAUCACAGCUAUUAAUCAAUAAUAAAACGUUCUCAUUUUGUUUAAGAAAUGUUAAAAUAUGAAAUGAAUUAUCCCGCAGAUUUUGUUUCACAGAGUUAAUCUUAA